CUCACUUUGGGCGGAUGCUGGAGGAAACACCGUUAGACACAUGGAGACAGAGGAAGGGUCUCAGACGGCUCUCAGUCUCAUUGAAACUCAGCUGAAACUCGAGUCUUUCAGGGGUUUUUUUUUUUGCUUUCAUUGAGGUUUAAGCUUUUUUCUUUAGUUCCUUUUUUACUUUUUCUGUAAAAUCUCUGAAGCUCCGCGCGCUGUCGCGUGGAGCAACAGGGGGGGUUCAGCAACAAGUCUCUGGCGCGAUUGAGAGGAGUUUACCGGAGUCCCUUUGAAGAACCAGCUUGUCUGUUUUUUUAAAACUCGUUCUGGAUUGAAGCUUUUUGACCUGAGAGGCUCUCAGCUGUCUGAGGGGUUGUCUGCACCCAUCAGUGGACAUUAUGGGUAUCGUCUUCUGCCUGGUUCCAGUCCAGGUUCUGGUUCUGGUUCUGGUCUGUCCUGCGGCAGGUUAUAAUCUGGAUCAGGAGCACAGCAUGGUGUUCAACGGUCCUCACUCCUCGAUGUUUGGAUACUCUGUGCUGCUGCAUCGCCACAGCUCUGAAAAAUGGCUGCUGGUCGGAGCUCCAGUGGCUAACUCCUCCCAUCAGCCGACUCAAUCUCCAGGAGCCGUUUUUCGCUGCAACAUUAUGGAUGAGAAGCGCAGAUGCAAUCGUCUUUCUGCUGACAUUUUAAGUUGUGGGAAGACGUGUGAACCAGAGAGUGAUCACCAGUGGCUGGGUGUUAGUUUGUCCAGACAACCCGGAGAAAAUGGUGGACGUGUCCUGGCAUGUGCUCAUCGCUGGAAGAACGUGUAUUACUCAAGGAAAGACGGCCAGAACAACAAGCUUCCUAAUGGCGUCUGUUUUCGUUAUGAGAGUGACCUGACCUCCUACCAGCACUUUAUCCCUUGCUACAAAGACCACCAGAGGAAGUUUGGUGAGGAUUACGGGUCAUGUCAGGCGGGCAUUUCCAAUUUCUUGACACAGGAUCUGAUCAUCGUAGGAGCACCAGGGUCUUCUUACUGGACGGGCUCAGUUGUGGUCUACAACACCUCCAGCAAUUCGAUGUCGGUGUAUCAGGAUGACGAGACAGGAGCUGUCAGCUAUGGGAGCUACCUGGGUUACGCCGUUGGAGCCGGUCACUUCCAGAGUCCCUCUUCCAUAGAGGUGGUGGGUGGAGCUCCACAGUACAAUCAGAAGGGCAAGGCCUUCAUCUUCUCAACAGAGAACAGCAAAAUGCUGACGGUGGUUUCAGAAGUUGCUGGAAAUGAACUGGGGUCUUAUUUCGGCUCCAGUGUUUGUGUGGUGGAUCUGAAUGCUGAUGGUUUGUCGGAUCUGCUGGUUGGUGCUCCCAUGGCAACGGGGACCUCCAGGGAAGAGGGAAGAGUUCAUGUGUACAUUAAUGAGGGGGAGGCUCAGCUGAAGGAGGCGGAGUUUAAGCUGACUGGCAGCGAUGCUUAUGCGGCACGGUUUGGACAGACCAUUGCUGACCUUGGAGACCUGGAUGAUGAUGGUUAUCCAGAUGUGGCUGUUGGCGCUCCACAGGAAGACGACCUCAAAGGCGCCGUCUACAUCUACAAUGGCAGGAAGGAGGGUAUUUCACCAAAACCAUCACAGAGGAUUACAGGGUCGUCCCUGGGUCAUGACCUGAAGAUGUUUGGACAGUCGCUGAACUCUGGGAUUGACAUCGACGAUAACGGCUACAAUGACGUGGCAGUGGGAGCAUUCCUUUCAGACUCAGCUGUGGUUCUCAGGACCCGUCCAGUGGUUCAAGUGAAAGCUUCUCUGAUUCUGCCUGAGCAGAUUGAUCAGAUGGGGGCGCAAUGCCAAGAUCACAAGACUCAGACUGUCUGCUUCAACGUUACGAUCUGCUUCAGUGUCACAUUUAAACACCACAGAGGGGCAAUAGAGCUUCAGUAUAAUUUGACCUCCGACCUCCUCCAUAAACCAUCGUUCCCUCAUCGUUUCUAUUUCCACGGUAACGGGUCAUCGAACAGCACGAGGGGUCAUAUGAAGGCACGACACGGCCAUCCCAGCUGUGCAACACAUGUGGCUUACCAAAGGAAAGACGUAAAAGACAUCUACACUCCAGUUCAGUUUGAAGUUUCCUAUGGCCUCAGUGAAAAGAGGAGCCACAAAACCCCAUCCAGAAAAUUAGCAUCCAUAAAACCCAUUCUGCAGCACAGCGCAGGACAUCAUAACACCAUCACCAAUCAGACUCGGUUUGCUCGCUCCUGCUCUAUGGUGAACUGUUCGACCAACAUGCAGCUGUCAAGUGAACUAGUGCUGCCGCAACAGCAGAAGUUCUUCGCGCUCGGUUCGGGACAGAUCAUCCUGAAAACCUCCCUGAUGAACUCUGGAGAUGAUGCCUUCCUGCCUCGAAUGACAUUGAGAUUCCCAAACAACAUCCACUACAUCAAAGUGCUGCAUAAUCAGGGCAACAUGAUUAGUUGUGAUGUCACUGAGGAAGUGAACACUACAGACGUGAGGGUGGACUGCAGAAUCACAAGCCUCGUCCUCCCAGCCCUCUCUCAGAUGAAUAUCAGUUUUCUGUUGGAUGUCAGUCAGAACAGCACGCCUGGCGACAUUCACAUUAACAUCAACACCAGCAGUGACAAUUACGAGAUGGAUGAGUUUCUCCGAGAUAACAGCAUGACUCUUGUUCUUCCUCUGAAACAUGGAGUUGGUGUCAGCAUCCACGGUUUUGUGACUCCAAAGUCUUUUGUGUUUGGCGAUGAAGACUUGAUUCCAGCUGAUUGCUACCCUGAAAAAUUCAACUACACAUUUAAGGUGUUAAACUUUGGACCCAGCAAGGCGUUAAACACAGUGGUUCAGAUUGCACUGCCAAAAAUCCUGGCACCGUACCCACACAGACUGCUUCAGCUCAUCGACUGGAAGUCAUCACAUGGUUCGUGCUCAAUAAGUGACAAAACGAUUUCAGUCAGUGAGGACUGCAACGUUCCCCAGGCUUCAUUCAUCAAACAGAUCAUUUUCUUCUUCUCUCCCACCACCACCCGCACAAUGUUCUGUGGCCGUGUCGAUAAUCUGUGUGAGCACCUGGUGUGUCGUCUUGGUAACCUGGAUGCGGGCAGAGAUGCUACCAUCCAGCUGGAAAUCAGCCUGAAUCCUGCUGUGCUGCUGCAAGCACCGGGCCGUCAUCAUGUUAUGAAGUUGGAGAGCACAGCAAACGUGUUGUCGCCCAGAGAAGAUGCUCACACUGUCCUAAUCAAGGAUCAACCUGCACUGGUGGUGGUGGAAGCUGUUUUUACUCAGAAACCCUCAAUGGCUGUGAAGAUUUUCAUUAUCGCCGUCAGUUUAGUUUUAGGACUGAUCAUCUUGACUGCUCUCAUCUGGUGUUUGUAUAAGUGUGGCUUCUUUAAGAGGAACUUCAAGAAGCAGGAAGAGUUAAAUAGAGACAGCUGGGACUACGUUCCCAAACUCAACAAGAGGGAGAGCUCUACUUAAACUCAUCUGCUGCCUCUCGCUGUGACGUCAGGGCAUUAGCAGCGGGCAGAGUUCACUACAAAGCUGUGCAAAAACUUUGCAGCAAUGACGGAUGAGGAUGAAAGCAUCCUGAAUGCACCUGAACUGAUAAACCAAAUGUGCCUUCACAAAGGAGAGACUGGCCUUGAGGAAGACCGCAGCACUGGAUGGAUGGAUGGAUGGAUGGAUGGAUGGAUGGAUGGAUGGAUGGAUGGAU